AUGUUGGCUCUUUGGAAGCAACGCAAUGCUAGGGUAUUCAACAGAGUCGACCAACAAAAGAAUGCUAGGGAGCUUGCCACUAUGAUUCUUGGUGAGGCACACGAAAUGUCAAAACAUCAUCUUGAUGAUGUGCCCAUAGAGAAUAGUUGGCUCGGGGCGACAAAGAGCACCUAUUUGAGGCUUUUUAUGAUGGCCGUGGGCCAUGUGCCAUCCAGCCCAAUUCGAGAAGAAGAAGGCGCGGCUGGACAUCAUCGUCUCCACACACCUCCACCUCACCUUCUCCGACUCAGCCGCGCUACCAUGACUUUCCCCAUGGCCACCUCCACCGCCUCCACGGCCGCCGCCGCUUCCAUCCGCCUUCUCCCGGUGCCAGCCACCCCAUCCUCCCGCACUCUCCGCUUCCCGCCCAUCCUCCGCCGCGCGCCCCGCGCCCUCUUGUCCGUCUCCGCUCUCAGCAAGCUCUCCGAGGCGUCCCCCGUCCCCAUCCCGCAGGAGCCCACCCAGACUUUGCCCGGCGAGGACGCGCUUCCCCCUAGGCCCGGGGUCUACGGCGUCUUCGACCCCGCCGGGGACCUGCAGUUUCUCGGGAUCUCGCGCAACGUCAGGGCCAGCAUCGAGGGGCACCGCAGAAAGGUGCCCGCUGACCUCUGCGCCUCCGUCAAGGUUGCAAUACCAGACGAGGAAACGCCAGAUAAAAGUGUCCUAACUAAUGCCUGGAAAUCAUGGAUGGAAGAAUACAUAGCAGCCACCGGCAAGGCGCCACCAGGGAACGUUGCCGGGAACCACACCUGGAUCGGUCCUCCACAGAGACCUGCAGACCUGCGUUUGACUCCUGGUCGCCAUGUGCAGCUAACUGUGCCGCUUGAACAGUUGAUUGAUCGGUUAGUGAAGGAGAAUAAAGUGGUUGCCUUCAUCAAAGGAUCAAGAAGCGCUCCCCAGUGUGGGUUCUCACAAAGAGUGGUGGGGAUCCUGGAGGCACAUGGAGUGGACUUUGCAUCCGUAGAUAUUCUUGACGAGGAGCACAACCAUGGGUUGAGAGAGACCCUCAAGACCUACAGCAACUGGCCAACCUUCCCACAAGUUUUUGUUGGAGGAGAACUUGUGGGCGGAUGUGAUAUUAUUUCAUCCAUGGCUGAAAAGGGGGAGCUUGCUGCCCUAUUUCAGAAAUAG